AUGGUUGUAGACGGUAAGCCAGGUUUCACAAAAGAAGCAUUUGAAACAAUCAAGAACAAAGUCUUAGAUAGUAAAGUGUAUUGCAGUUUAACCGUUGAUGAAAUGAGUGUGAAAAGGCAUAUUGAGAUUGACACACAACAAAAUAUGUAUGGAUAUAUAAACCUAGGAACCGACUGCAAUUAUGACAAUGACGAGAUUCCAGUUGCUAAAAAUGCAUUGGUAUUUAUGGUAAUAUGUAUGAAUGGAUACUGGAAGCAUUGA